CCGUUAGGCUAAAGCGAGCGCGCUUCUCAACCUCGCCCAUUCUUUUUCGGUUCUCGCUCUUUCGGCCCUACCCUGCGUCUGUUUUUCGUCUCUGGUCUCUCUCGACCUCUCCAGUGUAUGGACCCUGGUAGUUCUGGUGGUCGAUCGAAGUAGAAGAUCAGCCUCAAAUCGCAGGCCAGAGGUCGGAUUACUUCUGCUUUUCUUGGUCAAAUAAUUACAGCUUUAGAUCGAGAUUUCUCUUCUUUGCCCUAGAAUUUGAUCGGCUUUGAUGAUUCUGGUUAGUAGUUCUGGUAUAAUUUACUCAAGUUGAAUUUAUCAUCUGUGUGGACGAGGACGUUGUUGUCUGAAUCAGAGGUUCAUUAUCGUCUGUUUUCUCGUCUGUAUAGGGUUUUGGAGGAAGCUGCCGUUGCUUCGCUCUUCUAAAUAGAAAUCAGUGGGCGAAGGUCAUCUUUUGGAUGUUUUGUUGCCCUCUUUUGUAAAGCAGUUGUAAUCGGGCUUCUCCUCUUUCGUGGAGUAGUCGGCGUUUGUCUGUAUCAGUGGAAACUCAGUGCGGUUCACUGAAGUCGUGACUCAUUUUCUUUAUUAGUAUUUGGAAUUCUGAGAAUCGAUUCGAUUGAGGAAUUGAGCAUUGAAGGAGUUUGAUUGUUUGCUUUUUAUGUGACCAACUCCAUGGGCGUUAUCGGGCUAUGACAUUUGAAGUUUGCUGAAGCAAUGAAUGCGAGCCAUCCUUCGGUGCAUCCCAUAGAAGCUCCCCCUCUCACUGACGCUGCAAAUAAUGCACCGAGGUUGAGGAUGAAGGAUGUCCAAGGCAUGCCUGGCACUGCCGGGGGUCUGGCCUUACGGUUGUGCCAGUUUCUGUUUGCUGUUGCAGCAAUUUGUGUCAUGACUUCCACCAAUGAUUUCAUCACUGUCACAGCUUUCUGUUACCUUGUCGCUGCAGCUAGCUUGCAAAGUCUGUGGAGCCUAUCACUCGCCAUUAUUGAUAUGUAUGCCCUUCUAGUAAAGAGAUGCUUGAGGAAUUCUCGAAUUGUCAGUUUGUUCACCAUUGGAGAUGGGAUCACGUCUACACUUAUAUUUGCUGCUGCCUGUGCAUCUUCUGGAAUCACAGUGCUUAUUGGAAAUGAUUUGAAUGAUUGUGCGGAUAACCAUUGUGCAAGGUUUGAGACUGCAACAGCAAUGGCCUUCCUCAGCUGGUUCACUGUCUCACCAUCUUUUCUCUUGAACUUCUGGUCACUGGCAUCCCGGUGAAAAUUAGGGAGAACACAAUAUUUUCAUGAGCAUUUGUGUUUUUGUGUGAUCUCAGGAAAGUUUUGCUUUGUCUCAUCACAACAACUGAGAUUUUGAUCAUUCUACUUGUGUAUAUUUUGUGAAUUGGGUCAGAUUUUCAUACAAUAGAAAGUACUUGAAAUAUAUCUUGCAUUUUGGCAAGAGAUCUCACGACAAACCAUUUGAGGUUGUUCUCUGGAAUAAGAAAAUUGGUUCAUUUAUAAA